GCAGAAGAUAAAUUGGCAUUCGCGUAUUGAUGUUUGCGAUUGGUUGGGCGGUAAAGGCUGGGCUUGCGGCAGCAUUCGGCAGCAGCAAGGAGCGAACAACUAUGGACACUGAUACCGAUCAUCAACCUGCGCACGGCGGCGUACCUUGGGGUAUUGUGCUGGACAAUGUUUGGGCACGCCUGCGACCAGCUGAGCGGCAGGCGAUUGCGGAGACGUGCAAGGAAGCCUGCCUGAACAUACGCGAGCGGCUGCAGACGCAUGUUUCUUUACAUGUAUCCCGCACUCUUGCUGAUCAUCUCACUCGUCACGGCCAAGAACCUCUAAAGGCACGUUUCCCCUUCGCCAACCGCCUCACGCUACGCUACGACCCCGAAGUAAUGGACGAGGUGGAUGGCGAACCAGAUGUUGGCCCCGCCGGCCACCAUGCCGACCGCGGUCCGGCCGCCCUCGCCGUCCUCUCCGCUUUGGGUCGUCACGAGGGCAUCAAGGCCUGCCGACUGGACGGCUGGGACUACCUUCCCCACGCCUCCAUGCUGACGCUGCUGUCCAGCCUGCCCUCCCUGGACUCGCUGGAGCUCAGCGCCGCAUUCCGACUCGACCUGGAGCUGCUGGCGGUGCCCGGGGUGACACGGCUCACGCAGCUCAUGGUUGCUGCCGAGCAGAUCCUGAUGUCCCCCGGCGUGCUGCGACCCGCCGCCUUCCUGUCGCAGCUGCGGGACCUGCGCAUCAGCGGGCUCCAGGUCAACGACCAGGUUGCCGACAACGAGCUGUGCGGGGCGCUGGGGGCGCUGACGGGGCUCACUCAGCUGGACAUCAUGACGUACAGUGUCGCCACCCGCCCCUCCAUGGUCGCCCUCCGCGGCAUCCACUCCGAAACCCUGCGCGGCCACCCGCUCUCCCGCCUGCCCGCUGCACUCGCCUGCCUGACCGGGCUGCGGGUGCUGGCGGUGAGCGACGAGCACCUGGGUGUGCGGACGGCCAAUGCGGUGCUGGGGGCGCUGGGUGGGAGCUGCAGGGGGCUGGAGGAGCUGGUGAUGCCGGAGGCCAGGACCCGCGAGGAGGGCUGGCUGGCGCUGCAGCAGCUGACCAGCCUGACCCGGGUGCACCUCUACAGCAUCGAGCUGAAGGGACAGGUCCGCGCCCGCGCCCCCGGCUCCAUCUCCUGGUGGCGGCGUCUGCGCCUGGAGGACACCCGGCUUCCCGAGCUGGCGGGUCUGAUGCCGCUGCCGGGGCUGCAGUCCUUCAUCGGCACCAUCUACAUGCGGUUCGGGGAGGCACCGGUGCCGGCGAGGGAGUUCGCGGGGAUGGAGCGGGUGCUGGCCACACUGGGGGCGGCGGAGGAGGUCCGUCUGUGGUUGGAAUUGGACUGCGACAUCUGGCCGGGCGUCUCCCGCAUCCUGGGUCAGCUGCCGGGGCUGGCGGAGGUGGUGGUGCGGGCGCGGCACCCCCACCCGCUGUCGCCCCCCGACCUGCGGGGUCUGCUGGGGGCGGCCACGGGGCUGCAGUACCUGGAUAUCAACAACACGGCGCUGAGGGACGAGGAGCUGAGGCCGCUGGGGGAGCUGCCGAGGCUGGUCAAGGUGUGUUUGGGCCUUGUGGAGCGAUCCGACCAAGAGGGGCACACCCCGGCUGCCGUACAGUGGCUCGCCGUACUGCUGGCCUCCCGCCGCCGCCCCGCCCUCAUUGUGGCUCCCCACCUGCUCGACUCGGAGAUGCAGCCGCUAGAGGAAUGGCAGGCGGAGGAGCCGGUGACCCGUGGGUCAGUCAGCAUCGCGGAGGCGUUGCCUGAUUUGGAACUGCCGUUACCUGGCGACCCGGCGCUGUCGGCUGGGCCGUUCUUCCGUGCAGGAGGAGGAGGAGGGGGGCGUGGGGGCGGAGACGGGGGUGAGGGGGGAGGAGGUGGGGGUGGUGGCAGGUACCUGCCUAGCCAUAGCCAUGGCACGAUGUACGACAGCGGUGGCAGCGGUAGUGGUAGUGGGUCGUACAAUUUGGUGGAUCCAGAGGAUUCGCUGGUGAUCCUGAGCAACAGCGUGCGGGAAUUCUUCCGGAGAGUGGACCUUUGAUGGAAAGGAAAAGGGGGAGUGAUAUAUAUCCUGUAAGCAGUAAAAGGGGGUGGGGUGGAGAGAGCACUCGAGACAUCUCUUGGCCGUGGGUCAUAUCAACUGCUGCUGCUGCUCUUAUGGGUAGGUUUGAGCCUGACUUUGCCUUUUGGAGUUGGAUUGCCUUGCAUUCGUGAGGCCAGCUUCCAUGCGAUGUCAGAGCGGGGCGCAGCUGGGUUGUUCUGGUUGGUAGGUUCAUGUGGAUGGUUGAUCUCCGGUAGCCACAACAGCAACAACAGCAGCAGCAGCAGCAACAACAACAACAAUGGCAAGACGAGAGUGCUGCUGGUGCUGGCAGUGGUGCUGGUAUCGGUUAGUUGGUUGGUUGCUGGCAGGUGGCAGGUUGUUGGCCAUGGUCUUGUAAGGCACAGCCACAGCAGGGCAGAGGGUUGUUAGGAUGUGGUCUGGCGUCUCCAGGGUAGCAGGGAG